GCCGGUCGGUUGCUUUGGCUGGCUCCGGGCUAGUCUAGUCUGGUUGUUCCGAUAGGGAUUUCGGAUUGCGGUGCCGGAUAACCGUGAUAGCGAGUCCUUCCGGUUUCUUUCCUUUCUCGAUUUUUUUUUUACUCGCGAUACGUGGAAAUUUCGAUUCGUCAUUGGCACGGCGACACGUCUUGCAUGCCUCCUACGACAUACGUGUUUUGGGUUUUGUGAUGGGAUUUUAACGGCGCUGCUGCUGCUGGUUUCUGCUGUGUUUCAUUUUGUGAAUCGGUGAAGAUAAGUCGAGAAAAAGUCGAGGCCUGAUACGGCCAAGAUACGACCUUUAGGGAGAUGGAUGCUCCCUCUGGGUGUAAUUGAAGAGUAAUCCGAUAGAAGCCUCUUAUCAUUGUGCUGCGGUGUGGAUGGCAGAGAUCCCUUCGUUCAUUCGUUUCCUGUUUUGGGCCCAGUAGGCAGUGGAUUAACGAUGAGGAGCCGGAUGAAAUUAAGGGGUUCGAAUGCUGAUGACAGCCACUGCGGGCAGCCUGGGAAGCAGCUUCCGGAAGCAACUGGUGAUCUAUCUUCAGCUGGCAUGGUGGAUUAGGCAGUGCGGUGAAAAAUUGUGCACAACACGAGUUUGAAAUUGUUUGGUCGACUUCAAUCCAAAAUAGCUUCCGGAAUGUCAUUCGGCCGGAGAUCCAAGUUAGUUUGCCGAUGUGGAGCUGUUACUGCAGUGUUGUAAAAUGUAAUAUUUACUGCCGAUGACCGAUCUGUGUCUAGUCUGUGAGUAAGUGAGUGAGCAAACGCACUUUUUCUUUUGGAAAAACGUGACAGGGACCAGUGAUUAUUGUUAGUGAAAAGUUUGAACCGACGAUUACAACUGAGGAAGAUAGAUCCUGCAUUUCUGUUUCGGCAAGCUAUGAUAUUGAUUUAAUAAUAGAAAAUAGUAUUUACGUCUUGGUGCCAAUAGUUGUUCAGUGUGAAUAGAAAUAUUUGUGCAAUUUAACUACUGCAUUCAGUAUUCUAGUGUGGUGAAGAAGAUGAAAUUAAAGUUGUGAUAUGGAAAAGAUAAAACUGUUAACGUAGCUGAAAUUAUCAGCUUCCAACUUCCGUUGCUCAACAUAUUAUGCGUUGAGAGAAAACAUCAUCUUGCAGCAGCUGCAGCUGGGAUUUGCGUCUACUGAGUGGCUUAAUUUUUUUCUACCCCCAGCAAAGCCAACCUAAUCCUUGAUGGCUUAAAACUUGAAUCCUUUGUAAGUAGAGGAGAGAAGAAAAAACAAGUCCAAACCGGAAGAAUGAAAGAAAAGUGUGAAGGUGUAUCAAACUUAUAAAUCAUCCUGCAGGUACCCAGAAAGUCCACUUUAGUGAAGGAAGUGCGGCGAAACAAAUAAAAAAGUGUCGAGAAAAAAACACCAACUACCUUGUUUGUGAAACGAGAGUCCAUCGUCUGGUGUGGUGCUAAUUCGUAGAUAAAUCUAUUCCUUUUUUUUUCUCUUUUACCCUCUCGUGUAACUGAUCCUGCAACAUACCCUCAAAAGGUCUAGGUCGGGAGGUUAAUAAAAAUGGAAAAUCUCUCGGCGCCAAAUGAGGGCUGCUCGCAUAAGUGUGUUUGUUCUGGGUUUAAGUUUGUUGCGGCUGGGGGCAAUCUCGGUGAGAAAAUCCGCUUACCGCAACUGAAAAUUUGCAACCAUCCGACCAGGAGUGGCUCCAUAGAGCUGUAAGCGGGCGGGCGCACAAAUUUCCGGGGAAAAGGAUAUCAUCUUACUUAAAUACACCUGUCUCGACAGCACUGCAGUCGGCUGGCUUGUUGGUGCUUUUGGAUAGUGGCCGGAGCUGAUAAUCUUCCGGAACGAAAUAGUCGUAAAAGUUAGAUAAUAAUGGAACCCACUUCAGCUGCCAGUCUCUUCGUUCCGACUUUUUCACCGGUCCUCGGGAACAACUCGUCAACAACAACUACGGGGACGACGACGACGGUGAUGGCCACUUCUCUCCUGACAGCCCUUCUGUCGACACUUUCGACCGUUGGCCCUCCGGGGUCCUACGCUGAACCCGGAUCAACGACGACGUCGAUGGAUGCCGUCAAUUUCAGUAGUAGCAGCAACACUUUCGGUGAUUACGACCAAUAUGGUGGCACCGAAUUGGAACUUCCGACAGCAGAACCCUACCGGUGCGAUCCGACGUUUAUGGACACUUUUAACUGCACCGUCAAGGAGUAUCUGGAGUAUGCCCGGGGACCGCAGCAAUUGCCCCUCACGAUGGCGCUUAUGGUCACGAUUCUGUUUGUGGGAAUCCUUGUUACCGGAGUCAUCGGAAUAAUCGUAUGUGUUGUCAUCAUUCGGCCUUCUAUGCAUACAGCCACCAACUAUUAUCUGUUCAGUUUGGCCGUAUCGGAUCUAUUUCUACUACUUCUAGGUCUCCCGUACGAGAUCAGCCUCUUUUGGCACCAGUACCCGUACAACCUCGGCCUGGCGUUCUGCAAAAUGAGGGCCCUCAUGUCCGAGGCGUCCACCUACGUGUCGGUGCUAACGAUAGUGGCAUUCUCGAUGGAGCGCUUUCUGGCCAUCUGCCAUCCGCUGCACCUGUACACGAUGUCCGGACUGCAGAGGCCUGUUCGAAUCAUCGCCGGUCUGUGGCUUGUCAGUCUGUUCAGUGCAGUGCCUUUUGCCGUCUUCACCGACAUCGACUACCUCCUGUAUCCACCAACCGAGGAGAAAAUCCUGGACUCGGCGUUCUGUGCGAUGCUCAGCAAUCCGGAAGGUUUUCCCUUGUGGGAGCUGUCCACUUGUCUGUUCUUCGCGGUGCCAAUGGUCGUCAUGGUGGUUCUCUACGGGCGGAUGGGCAUGCAGAUCCGAUCCCGGACGCAGCGGACGGCGGAACUGGGCGUCCGGAACGGAUCCGUUAAUGGGCCCUCGCGGAUUUCUCAAUCUCGGAAAGCCAUCAUCCGGAUGUUGGCUGCCGUUGUGAUAACUUUCUUCGUGUGCUGGGCGCCCUUCCAUGCUCAGCGAUUGCUGUACUUGUAUGCACGUGACUGGCAGCACUUCAACACGGUCAACACGUGGCUGUUUUCGGUCGCCGGCUGGCUCUACUACGUGUCCUGUUACAGACAAACAACCCCUAAUCCGGAAGCAGGAUGA